AUUUAGUAUUUGCGAACAUGUCGAGGGAGGUAGUAGUUGCGGGAGCUGCAUUUAUAGCUAUGUAUUUACUCGUGGAGGAAAAUGAAGAUGAAAAUAAACCACGCCGUCGUCGCCGUUGGUGGAAAACACAAUUAUAUAAAAAAAGAGCCGGUUCGGAAUUGAUGAUUGAUUUAAAAUCUCAGGAAUUAAGUGAGCAAUACAAAAGCUUCACACGUAUGUCACCUAUCGAUUUUGAAUAUUUAAUUACUUUAGUCGGACCAAAAGUAGGAAAAUAUGAUACCCCAAUGAGAGCUGCUAUAUCAAGAUAGAUUAGCACUUACAGUGAGAUUUUUAGCAACGGGGGAUUCUUACACAAGUCAACAAUACAUUUUCAGAAUUUCAAAGCAAUCUAUUUCCUUGAUUGUCCCAGAAGUUUGCUUGGCAAUUAUUGAAGCCAUAAAAGAAAAUAUACGGGUUCCAACUACUCCAGCGGGGUGGAAAGAAAUCUCAAAAAAGUUUGAAGAACUAUGGAGUUUUCCCCAUUGCAUUGGUUCUA